AUGUUUUGGGGAAAAACCCAGGCUCUCGAUUUACUAGAAGAAUAUGAGGCCAUUCAUACCGAUUUACCAGACCACGUCGACAUUCUCUUAGUCGGAUGUUCAGAUUGCAGACACGUGCUGAAAACAAUAGCUAGAAAAUACCGCCAUAAAAAAGUUAAAGUAACCUUCCACGUGGUGGAAUCAUGCAUGGAGCUCAUAGCCAGACAAUUGAUGCUACUUUAUGUAGCCCUACAACCUCAAGACGCUUUGGGUUUGGACCAAAAAACGAAAAUAUUCAUGGAACUUUACGGCAACGCCUUGAUAAGACCUUCAGUGGCGAAGUAUCUCACUUCCACUGCUUCGGAUCUGAUUCAAAUGGUCACUGACUAUGAUUAUAUGAAUCGAAUGAUGAGCUGCGUCUCCCUAGACAUCAAGUACAAGGAAAGAGACUACAUGGAGAAUCUCCUGAAGUUCUGGUACAGCAAGGAUGACUUUGAUAUUUGCGAUAGUUGGGAGCGGAGAUUAAGGAAAACUUUGGGAGCCAGAUACGAUUCGAGGGUGGGAGCUUUCGAUUGGGAUUUGCACAUGAGGUUCCGGAAUGUGGGCGGAAGACAGGUCUGCAAUCAGGAGUACCGUAACUUCCGUACCAAUGGCGUGGCGUUUUCAUGGCUGGAGUCCGAAGUUUCCAAACCAAACAGGUCCCUAGUGUGUGCCCUGAUACCCAACGGAGUAGGCUUUGUACACCAUGGAUAUUUGGGAGACAUGCAAACAGGGCCAUUCGUAGCGUAUGGUCUGGAUUGUGAGGACGAGAAAUAUCUGCAUACCAGCAACGGUCAAAAUACGUAUCGUGCAACUGACGUCACAGAGCGGAAUUUGAAACAGAUGUUCUUCGAGAUCCAGAACCAAGGAGAGUACCGGCAUCAGUCAACUUCAGAUUUGAAGUUGGGCCCGGUGGUUAUGAAGCAGGAAAAAUUGGUUGUGGACAUAAAGGGUUUAGAUUUCAUCCCUAGGUCUAUGAAGAAAUGUGUCGACUUGGAAGAUGAUAUAAGAUUCGCAUCUAUUUCGAGAUUGGAGGCUAUGAAGUACAAGGAAACCUAUUUUGACUUGGUUUACUUUGGCAGUGCCCAUCUGAAGUAUUUUGACAAAGACUUGGUGGAUAAAAUAUUGAGAAGCGAUUCUUUAUUUCUUGUUGAACAUGAAUUAUUCGUCUUGGAUCAUAGAAAGAAAGAACUUGAGGAGUUUGGCGAUCAUGUCAAGGGCUUAAUCGAUGGUUUGGAUUUGACUAUGUUACCUUUUGAUCCAGCGAACGAUUCAUACAUCAAAUAUACGAGGAAGAAACAAAUAAACCCUUAA